GCUGGAGUCCCGGCUGCUCAGCCUUUGUCUGGGCUGUCUGGCCAGUUUGGAGUCUCCAGCUGCCAGGAGGCGAAGGGUUGCUUUGCUUCAGUAUAGGAAGCGGGGCGGGUCAUCACCAAGGCCCCUGAGGACUCCAGUGGGCCAGUUCAGCAGCCGGCUGGGUGGGGCUUCCCUGCUCUCCUUUCAGAAGACCACCAGGAUGUCUGCAGAGGACACCUCCUCCAUCCAGCCUAUCCCCAUCUAUGCAUGGAGUGAAGAACAGACACACACAUCAACAUUUCCAGGCCUUCCAGAAGACGAGGACACUUUCUUAUUUGAGAAGGUGCCUUCAGUGGAAGAUAUCCCGUCUUUGCCAUCAGCUGGCACGCGAGUGUCUUCAGCAAGCAUUCUGAGUUCAGAGCAGGAGAAUUCAGCCCUGGAGUACGUCCGGUCUUUCAUCUGGAGCAAUGGACAGGAUAUGUCUGAGUGGGUGAAAUUCUUGGACGAGUUGAACAUUCUCCACAGCAGCAGCAGCACCACCACGACCACCACCGUCCAUAGUCUCCACAUUUCAUCGUUGGCUGUCAAAGUCAUCAAGUUCCUGAUCACUUGGACGGCAUCCAUCAACGUUAAGGAGCGAGAGAGGGCAAUUGAACAAAUCAUCCAGCUUUGCAAAAGGAUGCUCACCGGUCCUGCCUUCAAAGAGAAGGCCGACUUCCCUGUGGCUGGCCAGCUGGUGGGCUGCUUCAUUCUGUGCUGCUCCGACUGCAGUGAGGUGGUCGCCCGCUGUGCCUCUGAAGGUCUCCAUCACCUCCACAGUUUCCUCCUGCAUAAAGCUUCCCAACCCAUGGCAAAGAGAGAUGCACCAAUUCUUCCACUCCUGAUGGCAUGGGAACGGGAGGAAAACUUGUUUGCCAGCCCCAUGGAAACCCCCUCAUUCACGGACCCUAUGGAAAUCACCAUGGAAUUCAGGAAAUACCUCUCCCCAGCAGAGCUGACAGACGUCAUGGUAGCUGCCAUCAGUGGCAUGCGGGACGACAGUGCCCACAACACCACGACAGCCAUCUCAAUGCUGAGGGCCAUCCAGAGGGACCAGAGUCUCGCCUUGGGGAAGCUGUCAAAGGCUGUGGAUUGCAUCCACCACAAUCUGGCCUCCAUCAGUAAUUCCUUAGCCCGGCAAGAGACCCGGAAGACCCUUUGCUUCCUGGGGAAGGAUGGCAUGAUCCAUGUGGUGAGAGCUCUCUUGCUUUGCUCGCCAGAGUGUGACAGCACAGCUGCAGAGAUGUGGAUGACCCUCGUGUGCUUCUCGGGGCUGGCCAGCAAAGUCCUGAGAAGUCUCCUCUCCUGCUUGCAGAGCAAACUGCCGAUGCAAGACCUUUCGGGGGAGAAUGUGGUUCUUCUCCCUGCAGCGGCAACCAGAGCCCUAGAUGUGAUCCUCGCGUGCUCACCACCAGCUUUCAAAAAGGAGCUCAAGAACAUGUGGGAGAAGCUCUGCCUGGCCUUGAUCUUCUGGAUUGCCCACACAUUCGAUCCCAAAGUGUGUGAAUGGGAGAGCGAGAUGCAGGAGACCUCCAGGCACCCUUCUCCUCGCCUCGCCAGGGCAGCUGUCAGUACCCUAAGGACGCUCCUGCGCCAUGCAGGCUGUGAGAACCAAGGCCUCCUGAUGAAGAAGUUCACUGUCUGGGAUCUCCUUGUCAAUGCUGAGACACAUCACCAAGGAGUGGCCCUUUUUGCUCGAGCUCUCGUCAGGAACCCUCCCCGUGAGCUGAAGUGGAUGGUGGGGCAUGUCUUGGCCGUGCUGUCUGAUCCGGAUGAGGGUCGCCACGCGAGUGCAAUGGCCUUCUUAGUGGAGUUCCUCCAGUGCCCUGAACUUGGCAACGACAAAGACAAAGACAUCCUGAAGCAUCUCGGCCAGCAUCUCAUGUCUUCCAAAGCCACCUUCCGCUCUCUGGCCUUGGAGGGCAUGCUCCACCUGACAGCUACUCCAGAGAGGGCAGAACCCCUGAUGCUGAAGCCCCUCUUGUUGGAGGAGAUCCCAAAAAGACUUCAGGAGUCUGACCGGGAGAUCUCCCUGAAGACCCUCAGGCUGGUGAAGCAGAUGACCAGCUGCCUGGCCGGAUCGAGGGAGGCGGGCGCUUUUGCCGUGGGCGUCGCAGGCCCAGUGCUGCCACUCUUUGAUGACGAGUCCCACAAAGUCCGAUUCCUCGCGAUUGGCCUCUUUAGCAACCUGCUGGAAAUGGCAACUUCAUGGCAAGCCAGGAAGCAAAUGAAGACGCAUGCCCUUCACAGCCUGGUGCCGCUGGUGAUGCACCUCCACGACCAAAGCCCCCAUGUGAUCCAGGUCUCCUGGGACACCCUCUCCAGUGUGGGGAGAUUCCUCGGGUGCCGGAAGCUUCAGCCCCUGAUUCGGAGCCAGGAUAAAUGGUCUAUCUGCUUGCUCAUUAUAAAGAAAUACAGGACGGUCACCGCCUGCCACUUCCUAGCACAGAGCAUAAAGUACCUCAAGAGCCCACAAGCAGCUAUCAGAGAGCUGGCCGUCCGGCUCAUAGGACUUGGUGCUCAGGAAACAAAGAACAAACGGAAUCUGGAGACCAUCUGCAAGGCCCUGAGUAAUCUGCAAGAUGACCCAAAGCCAUCAGUCAGCUGCCUGGCGAUCCAGACCAUCAGAAUCUUGGAGGUUGUCCAUGAUCAAAUCCCUGAUGGGUUCAGCUUCCGGAUAAUGCUGCAUCGGAUUUGGAGGUCCUGCUUCUGAUAGGAGUUUUCCAUCAGGAAAAGGUGCGCAGUACGAAGGAGGAAAUCCCAGCAGCACGGCGGAGAUACGAGGGGCCAGCAGCCUUGAAGCUCUGCCAGGCCAGCCUGAGACCCUAGAAAGCGCCCGGAAGAGCUCCUGAGGACAAG